UGAUGUCAACCGCCUCAAUUAUCCGUCGUAAAAAGACAAAACUCGAGAAAAAAAGUCGCGGAGAAACAGGAAGAAAGGUAGAACAAAUUCAGGAGUUAAACGAUAACGAUAAAGAAAACCGUAAAAGGCAAAGGACUGAUGACCUCCCGGGAAACAUUAAUUAUGAUUAUUAUGUGGACCUAACCGAACUCGACGACAGCCCAAUUAUUCAAAAGAGUAUUAAAAAUAAAAUUUGUCGUCUUGUGAAGAAGUUUGAGGAAGAAAAGGAGGAGGCCGAAAAGAGAACGAUAUUGGAAGAUAAUUUAAAAUUUCGAUGGGAGACGAAGGAACAUCGUCAAUCAAUGUUACGCCUGGAAAACACUGGUAGUGUAAGGGGUGCGCUGGAGUACGUACGUUCUAAGAUUUUAUUGAAUAAUAGUUUCCCCACCUUCGAGGAACCUAUUGAUAAGACGUUAUUACGUCUUUCACAGGAUCAAAACUUCCUCAGUUACUUACAGAAAAUGUGCCAUGAAAACCAACUCCGUAUUGAAGAUAUCAGAAGAUGCAUCGGUGGUUUAUACCACACUGCGUCUAAAAAUUUCCACGGUCAUGGUAAAAUUAUAAUUAAUUCUUCAUCUUGGUCGGCAAACGAAGUUUUGUCGUUGGGCGUGAUUUUUGAAUACUUCAAAAUUGAGUGGUCUUAUCAUAAUGCGGAUGGCUUGUGGUCAGGAGUGGAGCGUAAAUCAUUUACUAGCAAUGAACAAAUUUAG